AUGGCGGUGGGGGCGCAGCUCGCGGCGCACGGGCGCGCGGCGGUUGUGUCGCAGGCGAGCACGCGCGCCGACGGCAGCGACACGCCCGACGCCGUGGAGGACCGCUGCUGGAUCUGCUACGAGGGGCCGCGAGACGCCGUGCUGCUCGAGUGUGGCCAUGGAGGCAUCUGCGUCGCGUGCGCGCGCCGAGUCUUCAAGAAGAGGGGGCGGCUGUGCCCGAUGUGCCGACAGCCGGUGUCGCAGAUGGUGCAGCUCCAGCUGGGCGACGGCCACGGGAGUGAGCUCGAGAUGCCGCGCGGGUCCAUCGUCCCCGUGCGACCAGCUGAGCUGCCUGAGAAUUGGCUGAACGGGUGA